UCUCGAAUUUCUUGUCUGGCCCUUGAGCUACUGAACAAUUUUGUUUUUGAUCGUCCUAUCCAAUUCUGACUGCCUGCAAAUAUGAGCAAUGCGUUCGGUAAAUGAUUUCACAAUAUUUUGAGAGCUGCGUUUUGAUUCAAAUUACGGAUUGUUCGGUUACUCUUAACUUUAUCGAACGCUCAGCGGUUUAGACUUCGAUAAAAAAAUAAUUGACAAUAUGCUAAAAAAUACAAAAAUUCAUUGGGUAUAUUUGUUUUUUUUUAGUGAGGUGAUCAGUUUUGUCCGUCACUGUUUCUCUUUCUUAUCUAAAAGACUUUCUGUCGUGACCAUGACAAAAAAUUUGGAUGAUUAGAGCAAUACUUUCGAUCACGCCUUGGCAUCUAUUCAAAACAGCGGAGUUGUUUUUUCGUAGAACUAAAAAUAACUACAGAGCUCUAUCUGCAAAAAGCACACUAUUGAAAAUUUCAAUAAUGGCUCAACCAAUCGGUACUACUGGGGGUGAUAGUGGAGAUUUAGAUGAAAACCUGUUCAUAAACCCGUCCGACGGCCUUCCGAAUGAGCACCCGGCUUUGCCUAGUGCCUACGACUCGGACAACGAAUCCAAUCCAGUAGACGACGAUCUGCUGGAAGAUUUACCGACGUCAAUUAUCGUUACCAACAUCCACUCUGAAGUAUUUACCAGUGACGAGUUGAAAGCUCGUAUGGAAGAGCUGUUCAAGACUUUUUCGGAGAAUACCACAUUUCAGUGGCUGAAAAGCUUUCGACGGCUACGGGUAAAUUACGAUACCGCCAUUGCAGCAGCUAAUGCUCGCAUCCAGCUGCAUCAAUAUCCCUUUGGAAAUUCCAUCAUUACCUGCUACUUGGCCCAACCGGUGACUCCGGUUUCCAACACCAAUCUUAAGCCUCCGGCUCCAGUCAAACAGUUUCUUAUAUCACCACCGGCAUCCCCUCCAGCUGGCUGGGAACCGGCCGAAGAAAAUGAGCCCCUGGUCAAUCACGACCUGCUGGCCGCAUUGGCCAGUUUGACCCCGGGAGAGAUUCACGAAAUUCACGCCCAAUCCGAAAGUCAUCCCGGUAUUGUGCUACACACGGCUCACGGAGGUGCUGCAGACGACGAAUUGAACAAUCGGUCGUCCGGCGGAAGCAGCUUCGACGAGGAUGACGAUGGCAGUGGUAUCCCACGUAAAGGUCGAAUCGUACAAACCCGUUGUCCAGAGCGACAGAAUUCCACCUAAAGCGGUACUUCGGGCGAAGCUCGACAGUUUAGAUAAUAUUUGUGAUUUUAAUGAUGUAACUUCUUUUGUUAGAUGUUUUUAACGUUUAGUAUCGUCCGAUAGCAAUGUUUUACUUUUGUUGGUGCAGCAGUUAGGUUAAAUGUGUGUUAAAAUAGUGCUCAUGAGGAAGUUCAUAUUAUUUUUGUAAAUAAUGAAUCAUUGUAAAUAAACACAAUUGUUUCGGUACUAAUUUCAUUCGGUUUGCUACAGUGAUAAAUGCCUUGAUUAUAUCAUAUCGUGAAAAUAUUUUUUUGAUUUAUUCAUCUUCUUCACGAUUUCAGUUUCUAUCAAUUAAAAAAAAAGUUUGAAAUGUUCUUACAAAAAAACCUAUAACAAAUUAUCAACCCUAUUCAAUAAAUUAGUUGAACACCGAAAUUUAGAAUCCAUAAUACGUAGAUCACAAAUACAGCAAAUAAGUGGGUGUUGGUCGGUGGGCUUGAACAAAUGUCCACAAAUAAGUGCUAAAUUGAAAGCAUACACGUGUGGUGCUUUGAGCUUCCAAGAUUCCAUAUAUUCUAGUGGAAAUUAAAGCAAUGGAUAAAAACUUAUAGUUUCACAAUUAAGUUGAUACAUAUAAAUUCAUUCAACCCUAACUACUCAUCAAGCUUGUAUGACAAAGACAAUAAAGAUACGGAGCUUAAACAUAGUUGAAUCUAUUCUAUAGCUGAGGUUAUUUGAAUCGAAUGUAAUUUGCAAUUAUACCGUGUUGUUUUUCCAUAAGGGCUUAUCUGCAUUCAUCGAUUUCUCUUCAUCGUUGCUCUCUUUGCGCUAUUGCCGCAAACUGAUUAUCUUUUCCUACCAUAUGUUUGUGCUGUAGGAUGAAGAAUCACUAUAUCUUGCUUCAUUAACAAGAAAUAUUACAGAUUUAUCUAAUUUAGCGAAGUUGUUAGCGAAAGAGAGGAUCGAUGAAGAGAAAUCUCUCAUGUCAGAUAGGCCCUAUUGAAGUAACAGCACAGAUAUGUCCAAUAUAAGCUUUCUUAAUUAUGUUACAAGAACCAUUAUAUUUUUUGUAUGAUUGUUAUCUAGCACCAAAUUUGUAGUAAAAACUUACACAAAUCAAACUAAAGUAUACUUUAAAAUGUGUUCAACAACUAGAUUGUCCCAAAAAAGUUAUAACCUUUCAAUUUUUGAUAGAUGUAAUUAUCACCUUUUCUAUUUAGUAUUUUUAUCAACAGGAAUACAAUAUAAUGAAGUUAUUACGCAAAUGUUGGGAAAGUGAGUUAUUUUUGGGAUUCAAAAAGAAGAAUCUGAGUUAGGACAACACCGUAUGUAUUUUUUUCAAAUUUGAGUGAAUUUUAACUAGGAUAAAAUACUCAUUUCGCACUUUUGUUUUUGUUUCUCUACUCAUUUCUUUUUUUUCAAUCGUCUUGUUACUUUUAUGCUAAUACAUAUUUGAUAAUAAAAGUGUCAUACAACUUGUAUGGAGUGAUCAAGUGUUGGAAAGUUUAUUGAGUCAUGAAGUUAUAAAUGCAGUUUUGCAUUCAGAAAACACAAUGGAUUGAUGCUAAAUUUGAACUUUUUUGACCACAAAAAUCGUCCCGUGCAUCAACACCCACUUGAUUCGAACUGCGUUGGGAAAACUGUAGCUAUAAUCUGCCUAGUAUAAAACUCUCAUCUGAAACCUAAUCUGGCAAGGCUGGCUGAAACCUAUCCUUUAUGUAAUCGAAACGUAAGAAAUCAAAGUGAGACUCGGUAGUUGUGAAAGGAAUCUCGUACAUGCGUCUAGAGCAUUGUGUAAGCUUUAGUAAUGAAAGAAAUAAAGUAGAAACACCUUAUAGGAUGGCAAACUAAAACGAAAGUAAAAUGAAUUAAUUUAUAAGCGAAGUGUAGACGAAGAGAUGCAAUGGACAGUAAGUCGACUGUGACAAGUGAAAGUGGAAGAAACGGGAAAUGAAGAAUAACACUAAAUGUGAAAUCCUAAUAAAGUUGUAACAAGUAAAAUGCAAAAGACUAUUUUUAGGAAAAAAUCAAUAGAGAAUGAAACUGACAAGUGUUAAUGAGUUUUAAUUUAUUGAACGAUAUAUACCGUGUACUUGUCAAUAAAAUUUGAAUAGAUUUAA